AGCUGAGAUGAUGGCCGGGGAGCCUCUCCGUAAGAGUUGAAGCUCAGAUCACCAGAGACUGCACGGGGACAGACACCUUCUGGAGCGGCUUGUUAAAAAAGUUUAAUGAGUGUGGCUUUGAUCGCAAUAAAAAGCAAGUUAUGUCCAAGAUAAACUGAAGUCCGUGGCAGCGCAGAGACCGCCCCCAAGCUCCCUUUUCACCGCCAUCGCAUAAUCUUUUGUAAAAAGAUCAUGAUUGCACCACAUUAUCCAGCAGGACGGACUGACCACUUAUAAACGACCUAAUGCUGCCCAGUGUGUUCUGCUUAUAAUUGAGGAUAACCUUUUCCCAUUUUAUCUUGGAGCUGAUCCAGUUAAUGUGGAGUCAUUUUCUUGCACAGAAAAUUUGCAUUGAGCUUUUUAUAUUUAUCAGUAAUAAUUGGGUCAGUUAUUCCAAGCACCAAAAAUAAAGGAUUAUUGUUUAAAUUGAUAGAAGUUGUUAAUCGUGACAAAUCAUUAGUGGCAAAGUUGCUUCCCUUUAGUAAAUGAUUUUACGUUUCUCAAAGCAUCUUUCCAUUCAUCAUCAGUAAUGUUGCAGUUAAGUUUCCUUUCCCACAAUUCCUUCAAGUAGUGGUAACAGCCUCCUCAGAGUCUUACUCCACCCACAUUUCAUAUUUGAAAAAUGCGGCCCAAAGAGGCGUUUCCUGUAAGACCGAGAAGGCGGAGCUACGGCCGUGAUUGACAUACUGAAAUUUGAAUACAGAUGGCGACGGAGAGCGACACUAGCUCAGAGCAGUCAUUCGAGGUGGAGGACUUUUCCCCACCUUCUUCCCCAGAGGAUAGGGAGGAGGGCUUAUUGGGGGAAGCAAGCGGUCCUGAACCGUAUCUUUUUGAGCCACUAGCUCGUGAGUUGUCAGAGGCCCCUGGAGUCGAGCCAGCAGGAGUAUCAAGGCAUCGAAUGGGUCCAGUCUCUGAGUGGUGCACCUGCGGCCACUGCACAUCAUUGUCUGCCAGAGAAAAUGUGUGCUGCAGAGAAACGCCCAAGGUAAUGCUCAGGUGUCAGCAGGUGGGUGUAACCUCCUGCAUAACAGAGCAUCCUGGUUUUGAGGCUGUUGCUCUGAAUCCCUACGUGUUGCAGGCAGUUUAUGGCACCUUUCUGCAACUCUAUGGGGAGAUGCAGGAGACUACGCUCAACAGCUGUUACAGACAUCUGGCGUACCGGAAUGUGGUCAGGUGGUGUUGGGGUUACCUGGGACAGCACGUUCGUGUUGUGAUCCCGUCAUGCGCUGUCUCCAGAAUAAGGCAGGAGUUCCCAGAAGACGGUGCAUACAAAGGAUUCCUCCCUCCUCUGAACUAAUAUAUAUUUUUUUGAUUAAAUAAAUGUUAUAAUAUAUA